AUGCGAACUCUGUCUUGUCUGUUAUUUUUACUGGCAAUCCUGCUCGCAAGAAAUUCCCUGGCAGAAGAUCCCAAGUCCCAGGAUCAACACCAUCACAUUCCGGACGAGGGAAAAUCUACAGAUGAUGCUGCCGAGCGGAUACGUCGUCAGAUAGGCGGCUUCUUUGCAGGUGGAUUAGGAGUUUAUGGAGGCAGACCAUUUGCGCCUUUCGGAUAUCCCAAUUAUGGUGGUCCUUAUGGUGGAGGACCAUACCUGGGCCAUCCCUAUGGACCAUAUUACCAGGAACGAAGAGUCUUUGGAGGUGGCUUCGGUGGAGGCUUCGGUGGAGGCAUCUAUGGCCGCUGA